UCAAUGUGACCUGGGCUCGUGUAUUAGAUGUCAAUUUGUAAUGAAUUUAAAAGAAAAUACAGUAUUAGUGCUUCACGUGAUUUCACUUUUGGUAGUUGAAGAAUAUGUAGCGUCUAAUAAUGCUAGAUCAGUAAACUCGCAAAUGUGUAUUAAUUUGGAUAAUACUGUUAGAGCUAAACACAAGUCCUGUUUAUUGCGACCUGAUACGGGCCCGUGUCGAGCAGACAUUAUAUCUUGGUAUUUUGAUGCGAAACAAGAAAAUUGUUACCGUUUCUUCUACGGUGGUUGCCAAGGGAACGGGAACCGAUAUCCAAGUAAAAUAGCAUGCCUAAAUUAUUGCUACGUUAAUGCGAGCAUACAAAACAACCCGAUACCACAUUUCUGCAGUCUUGCAUUUGAUUACGGACAUUGCUUCGGUCAAUACAAUAGAUGGGGCUGGGAUCCCUUAUUUAAGACAUGCAGGCGUCGCUUAUACUCUGGCUGUGGAGGUAAUCAAAAUAAUUUUGAGACUAGGUCGGAAUGCCUGGCAACUUGUGUCACGGGACCAAACAACACUUUGAGUGAAAGGAAAACAUUCACGACUUGUAUACCUUUUACCAUCCCUGAAACUUAACCAAAUCAGUGAAUCUACUACGACAUGUGACGACUCAUGUCACAAGGAUUUACCACUGCUCUACGGGUUGAACGCAAUCUUUCUGUGGACUGAAAUAUAUAAUAAAUUAGUGAAUAAUAUCGUGUGAUCAAAGAGGAAAAAUGUUUUCGUUAGCAUUCGUUUUUAACAGUACCCUGACGUCACACCAUGUGUGGUUAAUCGCGAGUGAGUGCCCCCCUAAAUUUCUGAAAAAAAACCGCGGUUAUUUGAAAACCAUCAUCGAGUGUUCAGAUGCGUAA